GAAACCAUGGCGCGCACGAAGCAGACUGCCCGCAAGUCCACCGGUGGCAAGGCCCCGCGGAAGCAGCUGGCCACCAAGGCGGCUCGCAAGAGCGCGCCGGCCACGGGCGGCGUCAAGAAGCCGCACCGCUACCGGCCGGGUACCGUGGCCCUGCGGGAGAUCCGGCGCUACCAGAAGUCGACCGAGCUGCUGAUCCGGAAGCUGCCGUUCCAGCGGCUGGUGCGCGAGAUCGCGCAGGACUUUAAGACCGAUCUGCGCUUCCAGAGCUCGGCCGUGAUGGCGCUGCAGGAGGCGAGCGAGGCCUACCUGGUGGGGCUGUUUGAAGACACGAACCUGUGCGCCAUCCACGCCAAGCGCGUGACCAUCAUGCCCAAAGACAUCCAGCUGGCUCGCCGCAUCCGCGGGGAGCGGGCUUAAGGCGUACAUUUUAAAGUAGACGAUCUAAAGGCUCUUUUCAGA